AGCAGACAUACCGCACUUCUGUAGGCUCUCCAAUACUCGUCGCCUACAGUCGCAGUCACUACCACUUUGCCCAUCAUGCCAUCCGAGCACAGAGCAAAACGGCAAUACCAGCCCUCCAACCAGACCACACUCACCUCUUUCUUCUCCCGAACGACGAAUACGCCGUCACCUUCACUUGACCACGAGACGCAGUCUUCUCUGCUCAACGUGGGUAUGCGUGUUAGAAAGUCAGUUCCGGAGGGCUACAAAACACACAAGACACUCGGGUCGCCCGCCUUUCCAUUCCCCAGCUCUGCUCCCUCUCGGGCACAAGCAGUCUCAGCCACGACGAUACAACCCAGCGCGAGGACGAUGAGCUCUACGAUGAGCUCGAGAGAACUCGUGCCGUUCUGUGGACUGCACAAGACAGGUGGCAUAGAAGUACCCGCCUCAUCAGCACCGGCGGCAAUGCAGCACGACUACGACGAAGAUAUGCCAGAGCUAUAUAUGUCGCAGAGCACGACGUCCACACAACAUGCCUUCUAUGGCUCGUCUUCACAGUCUGCGAGCAACAAGAAACGAGGCUACGAGGAUGAGGCUGAGGACGACAUGGACUCCUUCUUCCACGAGGGGGAUGCGAUCAGCGAGGAGCUGGAUGCGAUGCGACCAACAGCCCGGAUCAAGUCCUCUUCCACGCGCAAGCCUGGCAGCGACCAUUUGCACAUUGUCGGCGAUGACGAUUUCGAGGAAGCGCCUUUCCUCGUACCGAUGGACGUGGAAGAGGAGUACUAGGACUUGCAGGUAGCAAGAAGAGAUGAAGUAUGCGCAUUCGAUGCGUACUACUCAUGUGCUCGGCAUUCUGUACACUGCCCUGUAUGCUACGACAUGGUAUACUAUGGCGACUUUUGAUUUUAUGAUACCCGGCGACAUGGUGGAGUGUAAGGUAGCCUGUGUAGGUAUGUACAUGUUAGGUAGGUGCCUUAAGGAGGUAGAUCAUGUAGGUACCGUAGGUUGGUUGGUUUAUUCUUUCCUCGCGGCUCCCGGUCAGGGGGUGCCCGUAGACUAGUUCUAUAAUAGGUGGGGCUCUGUUGUGGACGGCAACAAACAGAAGC